AGAUUAGCCAAAUAUCAGCCUGAGUGCCUAAAAACAUUCAGUCAGAGUGAAUUGGCGGACUUGUCAAAUCUUGGCAGUUGCCGCAAUGGUCUGGCAAUCCGAUGGUUUUUCAGAAGAUGAGUGGGCUAUUGUCCAGAAACAGCUGGAGAAUGUCCGAAAGUUUGCAGAAGGCAUUGAGCCUGGCAAUCCCAUUUGGAGCGAGAUCACACUGGAGACCUUAGAAUUCCUGGCAUCUUUGCCCCCUCAUAUCAAGGCAAGACUAGCCGAGGGCCAGUACUUUCCCUUCUCGGUGGAAUCCCCGGCCCCUUCGGUACCUCAUGCUGGAAGGGAAACAAAGAUCAUGUGCAUAGACUUGGACACCUUCAAGGCUGGGCACAUUCUGGGAGAUUCUGGUUACAGGCCUGUUCUGAUCAACUUUGCAAAUGAGUGUGAUGCGGGGGGCGGCUGGCUAUCCGGCAUGUGGGGUGCACAAGAAGAGUGUUUGAUGCGUCGCAGCUCUUUGUACCUUUCCCUGUGGCCUUUGCGUCGACCCGGCGAUGAACUUUGGAGACGCUCACCGCCCAACCGAGGUAGACCAUGGGACCAUGGGGGGUCGAUGUGGGUCGAUGUGAGUCGAGGGUUUGUUGUACGGUACGUAUAA